CAAACUACAACAAAGCUGGAAAUUCUUUGUAUAGAGGGCAUAAUUGAGGUGCGGUGAAGAAUUUGUUGGAGUGAGGAGGUGGGGGAGAGGACCUACCCACCACCCUUCAACAUUCAUCACCAAUCCCUUUUGAAUCUACCACAGGUUUAUUCUAUGCACAAAUUAUUCCCAUAACAAGAUUUAUCAUUCACUUACGCAGGAGAUUUUGAGAUUCUUGAUAUAUGGGUCUUUGCAUCUAGACUUAUCUUCAUCUUUUUUUUUUUCCUUUUUUUUUCUUCCUUUCUUGUCUUGCCAAUCCAAUUUUCAAGGUGUCAGAAAACCUGAUUUCAGAUCUUGGUGCCCCACCUCCAUUAGCUUCCUGGACUCCCUCAUAGGACCCAUUAUUACAAAUUCAAUCUUUCAUUCAAUAACAGCUGUUUACUUUGUCUGUACCUGGUUUGUGUUCCUUUUGAUUGUAGGAGGCCAAUGAGAGGGAGGAAACUGUUCCAAAGGUUCAUCUUUUCUUUGUUACACAUAAUAUUAAUAAUUUAACUGUGGUUCAAGCCGUCAAGUCAAGGCAAUUUCCAUACAAGUUCGUUGGUGUGGUUGCCUACCUUAUUUAUUCUGUUCAAUCUUCGGUGUGAGGAGGCCCACCAUUGGGUUUUUGGUGGGCUUUCUUUGAGCCAAUAAAAACUCCAUCUUUAAAAGGUGUUUGAAGAUUCCAAAUUUGCUUCCAUUUGGAUUAAAUAGUGAGGUUUCAUUUGGGGUUUUCAUCUUAUAAGCUAUUGCCUUUCCACAAUUGGUUACGCUAUAUGCCAAACUCAAAUUUGACCCGUAAAAUAUUUCCCAUAUUCUAAUGCUACUUUACUUCAUUACUUGCCUCUCCUUCUUCCUGUUUUUGAAGUCUCUCCUCCUCAAACCACUUCCAUCAUGGGCAACUGAGAUGAGGUUGCUUUCCCUUUUGUUUCGACAAGAGUUGUCUGUUAAAACAAUCUCCAAGUUGUUUGGGAAUCGCCUUUGGCUUGGUUUUCUUUGUCAAAUUCCUGCAAGAAUGUCUCUUGUGAGGAAGAGUCUGACUUCAAGAGUAGAGAACGUUGAAGAGAGCCAGGAUUUAACAGUGUUGGACUUGCCUGAGCUUGCUUUGGAAUGCAUUCUUGAAAGGUUACCACCCUCUUCGCUAUGUCAAAUGGCUGGCGUUUGCCGUUCCUUGAGGGAAAGGUGUGUGAGUGAUCACCUUUGGGAGAGGCACUUGAAGCAGAAAUGGGGUAGAGUUAUUAGUCCAGCUGCUUACAGGGAGUGGAAAUGGCAUAUUGCUUCUAAAAGGAAUUUUGGGGGUCUUAAACUUGGCAAGCAAAGGGGCUUGAUGAGAUUUGUCUCUCUUCGUUGGCCUUUUCCAUGGAUGAGAUUAAAGGUUGAUGCUAAUAAUAGCAGCAAGCAGAGGAGUUCUUUGCCUGUUGAUUCGGUCAUUAACUGGUAUCUUGCUCUUGAGACUGGCAACUUCUGGUUCCCUGCUCAGGUCUAUAACCGUGAGAAUGGUCAUGUUGGAUUCAUGUUAUCUUGCUAUGAUGCUGAGCUUAGCUAUGAUCCACAAACCGAUACCUUCCAAGCCAGGUAUCCUCCUCAUGGAAGAAGAGCAGAUGCUAGAGAGUGUGGCAUCCCAUGGGAAAGGCUAAGAGCACCGCCUGUUGAUACUUCUCCCCAUGAUCUUCACAUCUCUGAUUGUUUAAAUGAUUUGCAUCCGGGUGAUCACAUAGAGAUUCAGUGGAGAAGAAACAAAGAAUUUCCUUAUGGUUGGUGGUAUGGUUUUGUAGGCCACUUGGAAUCAUGUGAUGGGAAUGAAAAUUAUUGCCGUUGUCAUAGUAGUGACACAGUGGUGCUAGAAUUCAACCAUUACACUCCGGGCUCACGAUGGAGACAGACCAAUGUCAGUAGAAAAGACCAUAGGGAGGAGGGAAAUGAGGCUGAUGGCUUUUAUGGGGGAAUAAGAAAGAUAACGAGUGAGGCUGAGAUUUCCAUUUGGAAACGCCUUUGGCCAUCUGAAGUCUUGGACUAGUAGACACUGGAUUUGAUCAGAUACUCCAUUUAGCAUGAUUUCAAGAUAGAAGCUUUGUUUUAUCAACUGAAGCAUUGUCAAGUUCUGCAUUAUAUGGAAAUAUACAACUUGAAGUGGACUCUAGAUAUUUAGGCCAAUCCGAUUUUCUUUUCCACCCUUUAAUUAUCUCAUUUUUUCAUGAGAAAAUAUAUGCAUAUUCAGUGGUUUCCCUCAAUGUAAAUUACUCCUCGUUUACACGCACAAAUGAUGUAGAAUAUUCAUUCCACUAUCUAUAGAAUCCAGCUGAUAAACUCAUUAGUUUUGAACUCACACAGCAAUACAGCUUCCAUCCAAAUGAACGAAGAUGUAGUUCAGGCAUAAUU